AUGGUCCCCAAUCGCAGGGGCCGGUCAUUGUCCACCGCACUAUUCCUCCUAGCCUUAGGAUAUUUCUUUUUAUUACAACUACCCUUCAGUCUUUCACCCUGGGAUUAUCACCGGAGACCGACACCGGUCAAAAACGAAAACAUCAGGCCAGACGCCAUUCACCUAGACCGCGCACACAAGAUACACCCCAUUGCAUCAUACAUUCCCUUGCCAACAAAUCCAAAACCGCUUCCCCGCAUCCAACAUGAGUUCGAACCAGAGAGCUGGUCGGAGCGCAAAAAGAGAACUCAGAGACAGAGGGCUGUCAAGAAAACAUUUCUUCACGCUUGGAAUGGCUACAAAAAUCAUGCCUGGCUACGAGACGAGGUCUCACCCGUGAGUGGGAAAUUUGAAGACUCUUUCAGCGGCUGGGGUGCCACUCUGGUCGAUGCAUUGGAUACAUUAGUUAUAAUGGGCCUCGAUGGUGAGCUGAAGCUCGCACUGGAGGCACUCGAACAGAUUGACUUCACCACAACAUUCAGCAAAGAGGUCAACGUUUUUGAGAUCGUGAUCAGGUACAUGGGAGGGUUGAUCGCAGCCCAUGACCUGACCAACGGAAAACAUCCGAUCUUGCUCAAGAAAGCAGAGGAGCUCGGCAACAUGAUUUUCUAUGCUUUUGACACCAAAAACCACAUGCCACAGAUGCGCUGGAAAUGGGGCCGGUCAGCCAUCGGUCAAGAGAUUGAGCCAAACCCACAUACAAGCCUGGCGGAAUUGGGUUCUUUGACAGUUGAAUUCACCCGUCUGACCCAGCUAACCGGGAACCCAAUGUACUACGACGCCGUCCAGCGUAUAACGGAUGAGCUAGACAAGGUCCAAAUGCGAACUAAAGCUCCAGGUUUAUGGCCUAAUUUCGUUGACGCACUCCGUCUUGAUUUCAAUGGUUCUGACUUUUCGCUUGGCGGUGGUGCUGAUUCCACCUAUGAGUACCUGCCCAAGGAGCACAUUCUUCUCGGUGGGCAGACAGAUCAAUACAAAAAAAUGUGGGAGCGAUCACUCGAUGCAAUCAAGAAAAAUCUACUGUUCCGUGCCGUUACCAAAGAAGAAGACAAGCAAAUUCUCUUCACCUCCAAUAUGCAAUUUGCGGGGGGCGCAAGCCACAUUGCACACACCUCAGACCAUCUGAAAUGCUUCAUUGGUGGCACCGUAGGCAUCGCUGCCAAAAUCUUCAAUCGUCCUGAAGACCUAUCAAUCGCUCGGGGCCUCACAGAUGGAUGUAUCUGGGCAUACGAUUCGAUGCCGACAGGUGUCAUGCCCGAGACCUUCCAGUUCACUCCCUGUGCAGACCUGGAAGAUUGCCCAUGGGAUGAGACUCGCUGGUACGAGUCUGUCCUCAGACAGCCCAUCGAGCUUCAACAGCACCGCAGAGAAGCACAGAAAAUCGUCGCAGCGGAAGUCAUUCCACCAGGAAUGGUCGGAACUAAAGAUUCUUCAUACAAGCUUAGACCCGAGGCUGUUGAGUCUGUUUUCAUAAUGUACCGAAUCACUGGUGACAAGUCCCUGCAAGAUGCGGCUUGGCGCAUGUUCCAAAAUAUUGAGAAGAUGACGCAUACCAAUUUUGGUCACUCAGCCGUUAAGGACGUCCGUGACCUGGACACAUUAAAAGCCGACAGAAUGGAAAGUUACUGGCUCGCUGAGACACUCAAGUACUUGUAUCUCAUCUUUUCCGAGCCGGACCAUGUCAGCUUGGAUGAGUACGUCUUGAGUACCGAGGCACAUCCAUUUAAGCGAUCUUCUGGAUUUGUUUAA